GGAAGAAGAACCACCAGCCCCCAGCAACUCGAGGUGACAGCAACACACAGGAAGGACAAGAGCCCAUGGAGACCGGGCUCAGCGGGGAGGAGGAGGAGGCGAAUCCCACCCAGCAGACCUCACUGCAUGAGCAGCGUGUCACCCUCUCCAGUGGCCAGGACCUCUCUGAGUCCCGCUGCCCUUCCCGCUGCCCUGCUGCCCGAUGCAGGAGAUGACUGCGCCUGCCCGGGUCCAGCUGAGAACUAUGAAGAGGAGGAAGACGAAGAAGAUCUAGAAUCACUGGCCUCCAGUGUGCCCAGUGAGCUGCAGGAGGACGCAGGGACCGCAGGGCUGUCACAGGCACUGACGGAGCAGGGUUUCCCUCCUGGUGGUGCUGACCUGUCUGACUGCCGAGAGCUGAUCAGAAGCGCCACCUCCCUGUCUGCCGAGCCUGAGGCCGAGUCUGUUCUGGAUGGAGCGGCCCCCACGCAGGAGGCCUGUCCCCAAGGGCCUUGGAGUGGAGACUUGAGCCCCUGCAAGUCACAGGUGCAAGCUGCAAACACACAGCUGCAGCCAAGCGCCCUGGUGACUGACUGUCUGCAGCUCCAGCUGGACCAGCAGUGGGGUCGUGGCUGUGGCUUUGCCACAUGGAGCCUCCCCUGCGACCCCUGGAUCCUCGCAGCCAGCGCUGACUCUGGGCACCAGUGGCUGCUCCUCCCAGUUCUUGGAUUCCCAGGAGCCCAGCCAAGACUCCCCGCACUGGCCCAGACGGUCUCUCCCCUGCUCGCUGGCCUGAGUGCCCUGAAACCGAGGAUGAGCGAGAGAAAGUUGCUGUUCAGCAAGUGGAGAGUCACGUGCAGUUUCCCAGGCCUGCAGCUGCGGGUGCAGAGCCGCUGUAACCUCCGUCUGGUCUCGAUGGUCAAGUUGAUCAUUGACUUUGCAAGGCCAGCCAGGUCCCUGGAAUGCGCCUGCCAGGACUCAAGAGUUUUCCUUCUUUUCCAUCCUUGGGAACCUGUAGCUCCCUAGGAGCAGCCUCUGCUGUGACUCCCUCCAACCUCUGAAUGAGAACAGUUAAAAGUGAGCACAUUUAUUGCUCAUGGCAAAAAGUAACUUAGAACCUGGUCCCAGGCAGGAGACCUGCAGUGGCCUUGUCAGCUUUGUGUUCAGCCCCAGAGGUGCAGGGCUGUGUGACGAGGGUGGCGUUUGCAGGGACUCAGUGUCCAGGCACUGUGGACUCAUUUGAGCCGACAUUAGCUGAAGGACACUGAAGGGACCCUAAAGUGACGUCAGUGCAGAAGUAGUUGCACAGGGCGGGACAUCAAUCCUCAUAGACCAUGGGGUCCUUAAGCAUCUGCUCUCUGUCCAUUUCCUUCCCGUUUCUACCUCCACAAGUCCAGGCAAGCGUCCCUGCUCUCUCUGUGCAAUUCCAUUUGGAAUCUCUCCUUCUUCCUUUCUUUGCCGACCCUCUCUAGGAAAAUACUUUUGCUGUUUCUAAAUCCUGAUCCCUGUCCCAGCCAGGGUGACCCACAGCCUGCAGUGGCUUGUUCAUUUCUCCAUUGGACCCUUUCUCUCCUCCUUCCAAACAGUGUGGAAAGGGCCUCAGGCCGGGGUUCUAGUUCCGGGGUUGUCAGCAACAGGUCACGUGGCUUUAGUGGAGUCUCAGCCCUUCGGCACCACGCUCUCCUCGUCAGUCCAAGGGGGACGGGACGUGGAGGAGUCCGAGGUCCCUGCUGGCUCUCACAGCCGGGCUCUUCCCACAGCCGCCCCCCCCUCCCUGAAAGUCUGGGACGUGGGGGUAUAAGAGGGCCUGUUUCUCUGCCAGGGGCCCCUCCCCUGCAGUGUCUGUCUCUGAGUCUGGUGGGUGACACUGAGCAUGUCCCCCACCAGGAGGCGUGAAAAGCCAUCACUUUUCUGCAAACAAGGGAAGAAAGUGGCUGAUAGAACCAGGUCCUGGUUGGGCAGGGACAGGGUCCCUAUAUCCUGCCCCUCAGGGUGACCUUAAGUUCAGGGAGGUUUCCUUCUCCCCUGUGGCUGUCACUGUCCACUUCAGCCCAGCCUCCCACAGGAGCCCAGUGUGGCCCUGGGU